AUGUCAACACCACGGCAGCGCGUGCGGCCGUCCAACUCGCCCAUGCACACGACGGACGCUCACCGCAAAGCUUCUUUCAACGCCUUGACUGGAAACACUCCUCGAUCACCUGCACUCGCAUCAACCAUGGCCGACCAGUCUGUCGCCUUGGGCGACAUGGUCAAUGUACCUGGCGACAUGUAUGGCACUGUCAAGUUUGUCGGGCCCGUCAGGGGCAAGCAGGGCAAAUUCAUUGGUGUUGAACUGGCCAGCGAAUUUGCUGCCAGAGGAAAGAAUGACGGCGAUGUCGAUGGCAUCCGCUACUUCGAUACCGACAUCCCUGGCGCGGGCAUCUUUCUGCCUGUCCACCGCGCAGAGAAGCGUCCCUCGCCCGCACGCUCUCGCCCAGCCUAUCCUGCUACUCCUACCACUCCCUCGCAAUACCGCAUGGAUACCUACACUCCCCCAACGGCCGCUAUGCCCAAGUUCUCUCAGUCUAUGGGCCCUGGUGCCCGACCUCCGAGUCCUCUCUCCAAGCUCAAGUCACGUCGCCCGUCGCUGCCACGCCCCGAAUCGCCCUUCCGCAAACAACCCAAUCUAGUUCCCACCCCAGCCCGCAACUUCUCCAUGAGUCAGAGAUCUGCUGUCCCUCCACGCUUCACCUCGAGUCCUGCACCGCCAUCGUCCACCACUCCUCGUGCUGCCAGUCGUUCUGCCGCUCCUUCGCGACCCUAUUCGCGCACUGGCUCUCGUGUUGGAAAUCGCUCCGAAGCACCGCGCCCAUCAACCAGUUCUGCCGCCUCGAUUGCUAGACGCUCUCCCUCCAGACAGGUCACCGUGGAUCAGGAUGGCGAGAUUCAGAGACUAAUGGCUCAGCUCGAAGAAAAGGACAGACAGUUGCAAGAACAAGCUGGAUCACUCGUGGAGAUGGAGUCUAGUCUGAAGGAGAUUCAAGAGUUGAUACCCGCUGAUGGUAACGACGCCGAAGAUAGUCCUGAUCUGUUUGAACUGCGCCAAGCUGUACACGACAGAGAAGACAAGAUCCAAUCUCUCAUCGACGAGUUUGACGCCCACCGUGCAGAUUUCCGCAGCACGAUAGACACCCUGGAACUUGCAUCAGCCGAAACCGAGCGUGUAUACGAAGCGAAGAUUGCUGAUUUACUGGCCGAAAUACAAGAAUUGCGUGAGCUCGGCCAUAGUCGUGAGGAUGUCGAAAAUGUCGCUCGCCAGCUUAAGGGAUUGGAAGAGCUUGUUGCUGAACUCGAAGAAGGCUUGGAGGACGCCCGUCGUGGAGAAGCAGAAGCUCGUGGUGAGGUCGAGUUUCUGAGAGGCGAAGUUGAAAGAGGACGUAGCGAGUUGCGACGUGAACGAGAGAAGGCCGCCAAAGCACUACAGGGAGCCAAAGAAGCAGAAGGUCAAACUUCCAGAGACAAGGAUGUUGAGUUGAAGGAUGAUGAGAUUAGGGGUCUCAAAGCCAUUAUCCAUUCUCUGAGCUCUGGACCGGAAGCAAGCCCUAUGGCACGACAAAGUUCAACAUCUGGGCGUUUUGCCGACCCAGAGGAGUUGAAAAAGACUCAGGCAACUGUGCAACAGCUUGAACGGGAAAAAUCGGAACUCCAAGGGUUGAUCGAUCGAAAGGCGUUCAGAGAAGAGGAGCUUGAGCGUGCGGUUGAGCAACUAAGACGAGCAGCCGAGCAGGAGAGGAACAGCAUUAUGAACACCGAAGCAGCCGCAGAGGAGAUGCCACGUCAACACCUGUCGAGAUCGCCCGAAGCGACCAGAUCUCCUACGCGUUACAGAUCACCACGAAAGGACGAACAGAAAGCAUGGUGCGAAGAGUGCGAGACACCUGGACACGAUGUUCUGACGUGUCCAAAUGCUCAAGAUACCAAUGGCCAUGAAAAUGGUAAUGGUCAUGAGAGCCAUGCAGGACAUAAUGAGUCCGAAGACGAAUUAUCCGGCCAUAUGCGAAACUUGAACGUCUCUGCACAACGCAACGAUAGGUAUACCGACAAGCUCGAGGCACCUGCCCCGCUUUCACUGAGAAAGACCUUGAGCAACACCAGUAACAAUGGUGCGGAAAAGGGCCGGGAAGUUCAGAAUGCGCCGGCAGCAGAGCCGGACGCUGAUAAAUGGUGCGCACUUUGCGAAAAGGAUGGUCAUCUAGCAUUUGAUUGUCCCGAUGAGCAGUAUUAG